UUAUUUUACAAGAAUGCCACCCUUUCUAAUUUUGAGGUCAAUAAAUACGUGCUGAAGGGUCUGAGCAGCAACCGCUGUUGAAAAAAGAGGCCAAUUAAAUUAUAUGUAAAUAGUCAAGUUAUCCCAUCACAGUGACCGGAUGUGAGAUGCGUCGAACAGAAAUAUGAACGACCUGAACAAAUGUUUCCGUUCGGAUACUUAUUUUGAAAUCCCAGACCAGAAAUGCAUACAUGUUAUUAUCGCUAGCUGAGCAGCUUGUAUAAAUCCGGGAGCGCUUCACAACUGCUGCCUGUCACUAUUAACUAUUAUUGUCUGAUAAAGUGGCCCAGAAAAAACAAUGCGCCUGAUGUUUCUUUCCAUCCCUAAAAUUAACACAAUGUACCGACUGUGAAUUUUAUUCUAUUUUUUUCCCUCUAAAGUAUGUGUUAUUUGUCAUAACCCGCUCAGAGGAGAGACACUUGACAGAGGAAGGACGCAACUGGACCGCUUUUACGCAUCGCACAUCUUGGAGCGUCGUUGGAGACAGCGCACUAACACACACAUCACACAUCACACUCCAGUUGAGACAAGCCUGGCUGCGCUCAGCGUGUGUGUGCACACACUUCUAUGAUGAGGUACAGUUCGGUGGUUCUGUCUGCUGGAUUCACAGGUUUGCUCAGUUUCAGCCUCCUCGCGGUGGCCAUCGGGACUGAUUAUUGGUACAUCAUCGAUGUCAAUAAGCCCAACUACACGGCUCCAGACGACCUGAGUAUACGUUCUGGACUCUGGAGGAUUUAUGAAGGAGCAAAGCGGAGUUCUGUCAUCCCAUUCUUCUCCGCAAACAUGUCCAGUCUGACGGAGGUGGAGAAGCAACUGCUUGGCUUGCACCAUGUGGUGGUCAUCUUACUCCCUCUCAGCCUGGUCCUACUGGUGUUUGGAUGGAUCUUUGGCCUUGUGAGUUCGUUGGCCUGCAGCCCAAAGUUACUGGCCGGGUCAGCUACAUAUUUUCUCUUCUGCAGUCUCUUCACUCUGUCCGGGCUCCUCGUCUACAUCAGGUAUUCAAACAGAGCCAUGGAGGAGUUCCAGCAGGCCGUGUCCCCAGAGAACCUGGCCUACGUGAACGUGUCCUUCGGCUGGUCCUUUGCCAUAGCGUGGUUGUCCUACAGUCUGGAGGUGGCCACAGGACUGCUCCUCAUGCUGGCUGCUUCAAUAAUUCUGCUGAAGGGGCGCUUCGACUCUGGUGUGGCAAUCGCUAGGUUGUAGACUGAAAGUUGUUUAUUUAUAUGAAUCUAUCUAUCCAUCCAUCUAUUCAUCUAUUUUUAUCUUUUUCAAACAUCUUCAGGAAUUGUUUUUGCAGUUUGAAAAGAAGAUAAUUAGGCUCUUUGAUUGCUGUUGCUGCUGAAUUGUUUUUGGUGUUUUUUUUUAAUUAACUAUAAUUU